AUGCGGCACAGCCGGCGCACCACCCUCACCACGGCGGACAUCGCGGCCGCCCUCAGCCUGCGGAACGUCGAGCCGCUGUUUGGGCUGGCAGCGGCGGACAGCGUGCGGUUCCGGCGGGCAGUGGGGCACAGCGACGUCGUCUUCCUGCACGACCCCACGCUGCCGCUCUCCCAGGUGGUGGAGGCGGGGCUGCCGUGCGCCCCGGUGGACGUGAGUGUGGCGCCGCACUGGCUGGCCGUGGACGGCACCAUGCCCGCCACCCCUGAGAACGCCCCGCCCGCAGGUGGGGGGGGGGGGGGAGAGGGAAGGGGAUGUACAGUGGUGGGAUGCGGUGUGGCAUGGGGCGAUGGGGUUGGUGGUGCUGCUGGGUUGGGAGAGGGCUGA